AUGUCUCGUCCUUUCAAUACACAAGAUUCUGGGAACCUCCGUGACGACGGAAACUAUACGGCUGCUGGAAAGGGCCAGAUCUGCAUCCCCACCAAAGAAAAGAAUUUGCAAUUCAAAAAGCUAAAGGCCAUAAGAGACAAUCAAUUAUGCUUUGAUUGUCCUGCUCCUAGACCUACUUGGGCAUCUGUCACAUAUGGUGUUUUUCUUUGCUUGGAUUGUUCUGCGACACACCGAUCUAUGGGUGUGCACACUACUUUCGUGCGUAGUGUCGACCUUGAUGAGUGGACACAACGUCAAAUCGAUGCCAUGAGAUUGGGAGGAAACGGCAAUGCUAGAAAAUUCUUCCGAUCACAUGGUGUAUCUGAUAUGCACGCUAAGAUUGACAAAAAGUACACCUCCAAAGGAUCACAAGUGUAUAGGGCGGAACUUGCUAAACUAAUUGAAGCUGCCGCAGUGCAGCGGGGUGAAGGAACAGGUAAUGAUGCUGUGGUGGCAACUGGAAACAUUCUAGAGAACCUUGCCUUGCAGCAGCAACAGGAGGCUGACCAAGCGGGUACGCAGUCGGCAAAAACAUUGAAACCAGCAACUGUUGCACAACCUAAGGCCCAGCUGGCUUCUCAAAUGACUGGAACCAGAGGAAAGCUAGUGGUGACACCUCCAAACAGUGGAGGAGUCCCAGUCAUCCGCAAACCAACUGGGUCUCUUCCAACUCUCCGAAAACCAGCCGGAAAGCCCGCUUCUACAACAAUGCUGAUGAAAAAGAAGCCCACCGGGGCAAAGCUACGUAUCAACAAGCUGGCGGUCGAUGAUGAUUUUGGUAGCAUGGACGCACCAGCCCCUGCACCUGCUCCAGCACCCGUUGUAGCUCCAGCUCCCGUUCCAGUGAUCGUCCAAGCCCCUGUUCCCGCACCAGCCCCAGAACCACCAAAGUCAAGUAUGGAAACUGGAGUCAGCAAGCUACAGUCGAUGAAUGCAGAUUUCUUUUCAGGGCUUUAG